ACCAGGACUGGAGGCCCACGCCCCUUCCCUAAGGCCGGGAGGUGGACGAAGCUCAGCUCCAUCUCCAGGGUAACGGAGCGUCCGCCGGCUUUUACUUCCAGCCGAGCGGCAGUACGCUCUCCCUCUCGUGCUUUCGCCCGUUCUUCCCAGGCCCCGCCCCUUUUACGCCCGCAGCGGCGAAACGCGGGAGACCUGAUUCUAGCUCCCGAGUCCUCGGAGCGGCUCGGGGCGGCGCAGUGCGCAGGCGCGAGCGUUUGGGUCUCGCCGCGCGCGGCGCUUGGUUGAAGCCCGAGUGAGUUCCCGGGCGCGGAGACCCGGCAGCGGGCGACCGAGAGAGUAGGUGACCGAGCGCCUCCUCGGCCGUCAUGGCAGCCCUGCGCUACGCUGGCCUGGACGACACGGACAGCGAGGACGAGCUGCCCCCGGGCUGGGAGCAGAGAACCACCAAGGACGGCUGGGUUUACUACGCCAAUCAUGCUGAGGAGAAAACCCAGUGGGAACAUCCAAAGACUGGAAAAAGAAAACGAAUAGCAGGAGAUUUGCCAUAUGGAUGGGAACAAGAAACUGAUGAGAACGGACAAGUUUUUUUUGUCGACCAUAUAAAUAAAAGAACCACCUAUUUGGACCCGAGACUGGCAUUCACGGUGGAUGAUAACCCUACGAAGCCAACCAGCAGGCAGAGAUACGACGGCAGCACCACCGCCAUGGAGAUCCUCCAGGGCCGCGACUUCACCGGCAAAGUGGUUGUGGUCACUGGAGCUAAUUCAGGAAUAGGGUUUGAAACUGCCAAGUCUUUUGCCCUCCAUGGUGCCCACGUGAUCCUUGCCUGUAGGAAUAUGACAAGGGCCAAUGAAGCUGUGUCGCGGAUUUUAGGAGAAUGGCACAAAGCCAAGGUAGAAGCAAUGACCCUGGACCUUGCUCUGCUCCGUAGCGUGCAGCAUUUUGCUCAAGCGUUCAAGGCCAAGAAUCUAUCUCUUCACGUGCUUGUGUGCAAUGCAGCGGCUUUUGCUCUACCCUGGAGCCUCACCAAAGACGGCCUGGAGACCACCUUCCAGGUGAAUCACCUGGGGCACUUCUACCUUGUCCAGCUCCUUCAGGAUGUCCUAUGCCGCUCCGCUCCUGCCCGAGUAGUUGUGGUCUCGUCGGAGUCCCAUAGAUUCACAGAUAUUAGUGAUUCCUCGGGAAAACUGGACUUCAGUCGCCUUUCUCCAUGUAAAACUGACUACUGGGCCAUGCUGGCUUAUAACCGGUCCAAGCUCUGCAACAUUCUCUUCUCCAGUGAGCUCCACCGCCGCCUGUCCGCACGCGGGGUCACAUCCAACGCCGUGCAUCCUGGAAACAUGAUGUACUCCUCCAUUCACCGCAACUGGUGGGUGUACACGCUGCUGUUUACCUUGGCCCGGCCUUUCACCAAGUCCAUGGUAAGUGAACGGCUUCUGUCGCCGCAAACACCUUAUGGACUCGCCGCACCCUUUAUGGACUCCUGUGUUCUCUUCAGCUUCUUGCGUCUUGUGGUGAUGAGUCUGUUCUUAAAAGUCCCAUCCUCAGGCCUGUCAGAGCUGUCCGAAAGGGCUCUCGAUCAUACUUCAGUGGAUGUAGAUGGCAUCUGUUUCUCUAAAGGCUCUUGGAGGGCCGGGUAGUAGAUGUGGUUGUCAAGUGUUGCGUUAAGGAUGGCUGGAAGUCUUGAUGGAGACGCUUCUCUCUAUUUUGAUGCCAUUGUUCUAUUGCUGUUAUGCAGAAAGGGUAGUAUUUGAUAAUGGUAUUUUGGGUCAGUAUGUGAAAAACAUGGAUUUGUGAUCACUGAAUUAUCAGUGGAAGUGAUUCCUUUGUUUCCACUGAGAAUCGUUAUUUGAUGUUCUGAAUUCUUCUUUAAUGAGUGGAAGUCUCAUCUGGAGAACAUUUCGUUGGUUGGAAGUGCAUUUUAUUCUUUACCUCCCCAAAGGUGGGUCCUUUUCAAUGAAACACUUCUGUGGUUAGAUUUGGAAAUGUUCAUAAGGAAAAUAGGAAUUUUUUACAUUUUUGAUGGUUGUAUAACAACCACAUCUAGAGACAUCUUCCAUGAAAACAUUUUAAUAGAAAGUCUUUUAAAUGAACAAUGCACAUUUUACACAAUAUAUUUGAUAUGGUAUUUUUCUAAACAAGAGGACUUUAAAAACACUUGGAGUUAGUGCAGACUAGUACUAUUCCACUUAACAAACUAACAUCAAGUCGUCACAAAAGGCCCAGACACAUUUUGGGCUUUAUAAGUAUCACAAGGUGAAAUCAUUAUCCUGGGGAAAGGUCCUGUGGCCUCUGAAUACAGUUUAUUUCCUCCAGUGGCCAUUCCCACAUAUUGUGGGUAAGGCACUUAACCAAUCCUAGCUUGAUUCCUCACAACUAAGAUGGCCCUGUGGCUUGGUGGGGGAUUGACCUUAAUGCAUAUGACAUUUUAUAAUAAUGGGUAUAGCAUUUGUCAUGAUUUUAUUCUGACUAUCCAGCGUGGUAGCCACCUGCCGUAUGUGGCUAUGGAGCCCUUGAGAAGUGACUGAUACAGGUAAGAAACUGAAUUUUUAAUUUGAUUUUACUUUAAUUUAGAUUUAUGAUUCAUUUACACUUAAAUAUUUCAUAUCAGAAAACACAGUUUAAUGUGCCCAGCAAGGUGUCUGGGUGUAGUAGGUGUGCAGUAAUCCUGUUAUGAUGGUUGUUAUUCUUGUUGUUGUAUCACCUUUGGAGAGAACAAAGGUGCACAAAACAUCAUUAUUUGUGUUGCAUACAAGGGUUACAGAACUAAGGGAGUCUGUAAGCUGGGAGUCUGGUGGUGGUGUUGUGGGGGGACCUCUGUCUCUGUCCCCAGAGGCCCAAAGAGAAGGUUAUCGGCACAGUAGGAAGGGUGUCCAGAUGGAGAGAGCCUGGUCUUCAACAUGUACUUCUGGUCCCCUGGGAAGCCGUAGCAGAAUGAAAUUUCCAUAUUCUUGUCUGCCGGUAACUGAGGAACAGCAUCUUUUAUCUGCCACAAAUACACUUUUUAAGAUAAGCAUAUAAAUUAUGAAGACUAUGAAAUGUGUAUGUAAGUUUUGACUUUUAGGAAAUUUCUAAUACUAUUUUUCUAU